AUGACAAUGAUGGAAUCAGACGCACUGAAGAUGGAGCAGAUGAUGGAGGUCUCGAAAUCGAAUGUCUUUUUCGAUACCACCUUCUCAGCGCCCUUCCCCAACUUUCCCAACUACCCGCUUCAAUCGCUUCAUCCUCAGGGCAUGUUCAAUCUACAGACUCAUGAGCUUCAGGAGCCCGACUCACCCGGCUCUACCUCCACCACGAACUCGAUUCAUGGUCAACGUGAUGGCCUAACCAACAUGCUACAGAAUCAGCUGAAACACUCGCCGAAUCUGCUUCAGAAUCAGAUGAAUGAGCAUCAGAUGAGCCAGCUUCAGAGUCAGAAUCAGAAGAAGCAGCAGUUGGAUGACUCGAGGGUGAAGCGGCCCAUGAAUGCCUUCAUGGUGUGGAGUCGAGGCCAACGAAGGAAAAUGGCUACGGAGAAUCCGAAAAUGCACAAUUCGGAGAUCUCGAAGCGGCUAGGCCAGGAGUGGAAAGAGCUGAGCGAAGUGGAUAAACGGCCGUUUAUUGACGAAGCCAAACGCCUCAGGGCGAUUCACAUGAAAGACCACCCCGACUACAAGUACAGGCCGCGAAGAAAGAGCAAGACUCAGGGAAACGUACAGAAGAAGGCCAUGAAUGCCAACAUUCAUGCGGCACAACAUCUACAGUUCGACGCUUUGAAGCAUCAGAAUGUAAGUUUUUUGGACGAGCGGGGUAAAAAAUUAAUUUUUUUUUGAGUGGGCGGGGUACAAAAUUAUUUUUUUUAAAUUGGCAGGGUAAAAAAAAUAUUUUUUGGCAUGGGCAGAGUAAGAAAAAUGUCAUUUUAGAGUUUGUGGAGGCUAGAAAAUGCAUUUUUUACCAUGGGCGUGGUAAAAAAAUUAUUUUUUUUAGUUUGGGCGGGGUAAAAAAUUUCAUUUUAGAUCUUGCUGAGAGUAAAAAAAUCCAAUUUUGUGGGAUGGGCAGGGUAAAAAACUAUUUUUUUUUGGCUCGGACAGGCCAAAUAAAGACCUUCCUUAUCAAAACACCGCCCGCUCUUCAUAUGUUUUCGCUAAUUACUUAAAUUCAAAGCGAGGCCAUAUGGCCAAACUUUCGUUUUGUGUUGUGUUAAGUGGAUUAAAGAAGUGAGAACGCGGCAUUUUCGAAAAAUCUUUUAAUUUUAACGAGCACGGCACUAAUAAAGACAUAAGAGGCCCGGCCGCUGGCGUUAUACUGUAGCUUUUUUUGGAAAGUUUUGAAGAUUGAGGAUACGGAAGGGGGAGGGGGAUCAAAUGGGUAAAAUUUGGGUCGAAAUGGCAUUAUUUUUCGGAAAAAGUUUUAAAAUGAAAAAAUCUAGAGGGAUUUUUAAAAAUUUAAAAAUUAUAAAUUUUGGAAAAAAAAUUUUUUUUCAAUAAACAAAAAAAUUUAUAGAAUGACGUAUCAAGUCACUUUUAGUACAUCUUGUCUCAAAUUAGGUCUUUUACGGCAUAAAAACCCUUAAUUUUACCUAUUUUUGCGAAAAAAAUCCACAGGGGGGGGACCAAGCUCAAUUUUUUUAAAUUUCGAAAUUUUUUUUGAUUUCAAAUUUAAAGUUAAAAAAACAGAACUAUUAAGAUACUGUCAGUUCAGUUUAAGCCUAGUUUAAUAAUAUGAAUAAAUUCAAUUCAAACUUUUCAAAAUUUUUUCAAAAAAAUUCACAGGGGGGACCAAGCUCAAUUUUUUAAUUUUCAAAAUUUUUUUUUGAAUUUUUAAUUUAAAGUUAAAAAAAGAGAAGCAUCAAGAUACUGUUAGUUCAUUUUAAGCCUAAUUUAAUAAUAUACACAAAUCAAAUUUGAAAUCUUGCCUAUUUUUCAAAAAAAUCGACAGGGGGGGGGGCCAAGCUCAAUUUUUAAAAAUUUCAAAAAUAAAAAAUUUUUUUUUCAAAUUUUUGGCUCUAAAAUUACUUAAAUUUCAGUUCUCCGCCUACCCCAACUGGAACAACAUUCAAACGCCAACGACGGCAGCCAACUACGACUUUGGCAUGUACUACAACUUGGCCAAUCCGUAUCCUCAGGGCGGCUCACCGCAGGGUUAUAACCAGUUCCAUCAACAGCCUCAACAAACGCAUCAGACCCAAAUGACACAGCUGGAUAUGAAUCCGAAUGCAUUCACGCCGACGUUGUCGCUGAAAUCGCCGGGUAAGCGGAAUGUCACUAUUGAUUUUCUAGGGGUGGGGGAUGUUUGAGGGGGGUUUUUGGGAAUACAGUAAGAUUGAUGGGUUAGGUUUGGAUUGUUAAUGAUAGUAGAGAUGUUGGGGUGUAAUAUAAAUACUAUUUUGAACAGUGCCUAAGAGCUAAAAAUUUCAAAAAUUUGAAAAAAUCUUAAAUUUUUUGCAAAAUUCUAAAAAAUCUAAUGUUACAGUAACCCAUCACUUCAAAAUUUAAUAAAAAUGCCAUUUUUAGGUAACACAGACGACUCCACCGCUCCCCCAUCCGCAUCAUCCAACUCCUCGACGAACACCGUUCAACAGCAGGCUGCGCCCCCACAAGCGCAGGUCGCGGCCGGCCUUUUCGAUUCGACCGACUUUUUCGGCCCGAACUACGCCGCCGCCAUGAUCGGCUACACCGGCUUGAACUGUUUCGACGGCAUGAACGGUCUUCAACAGCAGCUCCAUCAUCAACAAUUACAGUAA